UAACUGGUGCUAAUAAUAUGGCAGGGGUUGGGAGGAUGGUUAAAUGUGUCAACCAAUGAAGCAUUGACUGCAGCAGCAACAAUUUCAAGGGCAUUGCAACGUGUUCCAUAAUGAAGUCUAAGGGCCUUGAAAAUGGAUGCCAUUCAUGCCUUUGCCAGAGAAGGAGAGGUGAAUAAUUUGCUCAAAUGCAUUGAUAGUGGUGUUUCUGUGAAUUUGAGAGAUAGUGAGGGCCGGACUCCUUUGCAUUGGGCUGUAGAUCGUGGUCACCUUGAUAUUGCUGAGGAGCUUGUUGGAAAGAAUGCUGACAUAAAUGCAAAGGAUAAUGAAGGCCAAACCCCAUUGCAUUAUGCUACUGUCUGUGAGAGAGAAGCAAUUGCUGAAUAUCUCGUGAAGCAAAAUGCUGAUACAGAUGCGAAGGAUUUUGAUGGCCAAUCUGCCCGUGAUCUCUGUGAGUCAGACUGGCCUUUUCUGCAUCGUGUGGCAUCAUAGACUGACUGGCUGCCUGCUUAUUUUGUGGUUCCUUCCAGUUAGUCUUCUUGACAAAUUCCCUGCAGCUGUGCAUGGCUACAACAUAUAACCUUUUAAAUUUCUUCAUCUUAGCAACAAAUUUACUGAUGGCAUCGUGUUCCCUGUCACGGUCCUUCACGUCUGUUUCUCUCUUGCCUUCCCAUAUUUUACGAAGGUUGAGUAUAGAGGGUCGUUAAAUGGCAUGACAUGCUUUGCCUUCUGCCAGUACAUCAUUGGUUUAUAGCUCAGUUGUAGCCCUCAUCCUGUUUUUUAUCCUCAGAUGCUUGUUGAGUCCUGUCUGUUACACACAGAUGGAACCAUUUAUAUUUGCUUCCUCGCCACCUACGGGAAUGGUGGAAAUAGUAUUUUCUUUGUAA